GACACUGUGCCUUCAUCUCCACUGUGUCAUCCGAUCGGCGAGAGUGCGCGACCUGCAGCCAUGGCUCUCUUCAGGAAGAAGGAGAAGAAAAAGAAGAAGAAGAACCCGGCGGGCGUCGGCAGGAGGAUGGCCGGCAAGAAGGGGGCGAUCGUGCAGCUGCAGGCGGAGAUCAACACCGACGAGGAGUGGGACAAGAUCCUGGCCAAGGAGGGCCUGCUCGUGGUGGACGUGUACUCGGAGUGGUGCGGGCCCUGCCUCGGCAUGGUGGGCACCCUCAAGAAGCUCAAGCUGGAGGUGGGCGGCGAUCUACUCAACCUGGCCAUCGCUAAGGCGGACGGUAUCGAAUGUCUGAAACGCUUCCGGAAUAAGAGCGAACCCACGUGGAUGUUUAUCGGGAGCGGGCACCUGGUGAACCUCAUGUUCGGGGCGAACGCGCCCCGCCUGAGCCGGCUGAUCGUGGAGGAGCUGGAGAACGAGAGCAAGGUGCUGCGUGGGGAACGCGAGAGGGCCGCGCUGCCGUUCGACGAGCUGACGGAGGAGGAGCGCAUCCGGCACGAGGCCCAGGAGAAGAAGCGCCUGGCUGCACUCGCCAAGGAGCAGGCGGCUCAAGAACAGGCUAGAAGGCGGGAGGAGCGCCGGAGGAUGCGCUCGCUGAAGGAGCUGCUGCGCGCGGUGGGUCUGGUGGUGUACCUGCAGGCGGCAGACCCCGAGGCCUGCGAGCCCCGGGCGGACGUGCUGCGCAACCUGGAGGAGGCGGGCCUCCAGCCCAAGGAGCAGCUCUCCCUGGAGGUGCCCGCCGAGAUCGCCGAGAAGCUGUGGGGUGAGGAGGCGGCGGCGGCGGCGGCGGACGCGCUGGAGCCCGUGGUGCGCGCCGUCUAUGGCGAGACAGACGAGGGCGCCAGCCCGGACAGCACAAUCUCAAUAAACAGCAAUGGAACAGCCAGUCAGCCGAUGAAGCGACGGACGCAGUCCUGGGGCAGCACACCCGAACUGCAACGGAGAUACCCGCUGGCGGACCGGCUGCUGGGGCCGCCGCCGCCCCCGCCGCCCCCGCGCGCCGUCCUCGUCUUCGACGCCGGCAAGGCCAAGGAGCUGGCCGACGCGCUCGCCGAGCACCGCGAGCUCGUGCUGCGCCGCGCCUACUUCGACGCCUCCGAGCCCGACGAGGCGUCGCGCGUCGCCGACACCGACGAGGACUACCAGGCCGCCGCCGCCGCCAAGCCGCAGUCAGUCUCCUCCAUUCUCUGUCCUCUGAUUAGAUUAGAAUAG